AUGUCUCGUAAAGAAAUUCGUAGACUUCGUAAACUUCAGAUUAAAAAACUACAUUCGUAUGAAGUGAUAAAGAAAAUCGAAAAAGCUACAUUUGAGGAACUAUUUUCAACUGAACCGACUCAAUAUCUUUGUUUAGUUAAUAUAUGUUUUGGUGGUGCUGCUGGAGUUUUAGGUGAACAAUUAGAAAAGAUUUUUCGAGAAUUUGAAGGUUGGAAAGGAUGGCGAUUCGCAUAUGGCAAGCCAUAUUCUUUUGCAUUAUUUGAUGCACCGGACAAUGCCAUGAUAGCACGAGAUUCGCUUCACGAGAAAAAAUGCGAGCUUCUCAAUGACAAAAUACUUUAUAUUGAAUUUGUUAAUUUAUCAUGGAUCAAUUUUAUGAACCAAAUUUCAGGUUCAACGAUUACCACGACCGCAACGAUACCGUCAUUUUCGUCAUCGAUAAUUCCUCCAGAGAAAAUCCGAGGACUAAUAAUAAUGAAAGAAUUUAUCUCUUUUGAUUUAGAACAACAAAUUAUACAAGGAUUACAUUCAAACGAACAAAAUUGGCAACCAGUUCAAGAUCGAAUGGUGCAACACUUUGGUUAUAUGUUUAAUUAUCCAAAUAAAGUUGAUCUCGAUAAUUCAUCAAAUAAUAAAAAAGAAUUUCCCGAAUUUAUGAAUUUGCCUCUCUCAAAACUCAAAAUAUUCUUUCCAAAUAUACCAAAUAUGGAACAAAUGACUGCUCAAUUAUAUCCGAUUGGUUCAGGAAUACCUCCUCAUGUUGAUAGUCAUUUAUACUUUGGUGAUUUCGUUUUGUCCAUUAGUUUGCAAAGCGCCGUUCUAAUGGAAUUUAAGGAAAUAAAAACGGGUAAUAUUGUUCUAAUUGAUCUUUCCCCGAGAUCUUUACUUAUUCUUAGCAAAGAAUCUCGCUAUGCUUGGACUCAUGCUAUCCGUACGCGAAUGGAGAACUCCAAGAGUAUAGACGAAAUUACCGAAAUGCUCGCAGAGAGCACCGUCUCAAAAACGCGAAAAGAUUACCGCCAAGCUUCUCACAAAGCCUCUCCAUUAAUGAAACUAAGCAAACGCGAAACACAAGAAGAAAGACGUAAAAGAGCUUUGGAAGAACAGCAAAAGCGGCGGCGAGAUUUCACCGAUCUUGCUCGCAAUUUAGCACUUUACAGACCCUCAGAAACUUCAUCAGACGAAGAAGAAUUGGAGCAAGAUAUUAAUACAUUUCAAGAUGUUUCUACAUCGGUGGAUUUAUCCGAAUUGAUGGAUUACGAAAUGAUUGUUUCUGAAACAGUAAAAAGUUUCAAAACCAAAAAAAUAAGACGAAAGCCCAGAGCAAAAAACAUACACAGAAAUCAAAUCAUGUACGCCGAGUGCAUGGAAGACUUACCAAGUGAUUUGGAAGCUAACUGGUAUGUGGUGAUGUGUCCUGUUGGCAAACGGCGUCUGGUAAUCACGUCAAAAGGAAAAACUGUAAGCAGAUCAAGAAGUGGAUAUAUAAUGGAUGUAUUCGAGUCGUUAUUACCAGCCGGAUCCAGCGUCUAUAAAGGAAACAAGACAAAUGAUUAUUGUAUUUUGGAUUGUAUCUUUGAUGAAACUUCUUCAACAUAUUAUAUCUUGGACUUGAUGUGCUGGAAAGGACAUCCCAUAUAUGAUUGUGAUACAGAAUUCAGAUUUUAUUGGUUACACUCAAAAUUCGCUGAAAUCGAUGAUUCUGACACAACAUCUGUUACAUUCAAGCCAUUAACUAUCCAUUAUUGUAACCAUGAACAACUUUCGACCAUAAUGUCAAAUCCUAGUCAAUUUGGAUAUCAACCAGAUGGUUUAUUGUUUUUCAAUAAAAAGACACAAUAUGUAAUCGGCGAUACACCAUUGUGCGGAUGGGUUGAAUUAGGAAAAGUCUUUGAGGUUUUUGGUGAUCUUGGAGUUUCUUUGAAUAAUGAUUAA